AAUUCCACCGACGCAUCAAAAUAUUUUUGCAAAAACAUCAAAAUUUAUUUCAAAAUUCAGCUUUUUGUUCAGUAUUUUCAUCGUUUCAUCAACUAUUGAGUUAUGAGUUUCCUCGCUAAGGCUUUCGGCGGCGGUGGGUCGAAAAAACAGCAAGGACCGACGCCACAAGAUGCGAUACAGAGGCUACGAACGACUGAGGAAAUGCUUCAGAAGAAAAGCGAACAUUUAGAAAAGAAAAUUGAUCAAGAACUCAAUAUUGCCAAGACGAAUGCCAGUAAAAAUAAACGAGGUGCCCUAAAUGCGUUAAAGAGGAAAAAAAGACUAGAGAAACAACUUCAACAGAUUGAUGGGACACUUUCAACAAUCGAAUUCCAAAGACAAGCACUGGAAAAUGCUAACACAAAUACUGAAGUUUUGAACAGCAUGAAAUAUGCAGCAAAUGCACUGAAACAAGCUCAACAGCUGGAUGUUGAUGAUGUUCACGAUAUGAUGGAUGACAUAAGCGAACAACAUGAAAUUGCAAAUGAAAUAGCAAGUGCCAUCUCAACUCCUGUUGGUUUUGGUCAGGAUAUUGAUGAGGAUGAAUUAAAUGCUGAGUUGGAAGAACUUGAACAGGAAGAGCUUGAUGAACGAUUAUUAGAUGUUGCUGGAACAACAUCACUACCAUCAGUUCCGGACACUGAAAUGCCAGUCCCUGCAGGCCGUGAACGCAAGAAGGUUGCUGUGACCGAUGAUGAUGAUAUGGCUGAACUCCAAGCCUGGGCUUCAUAACUUAUCCCCCAGUUCAAUUUUGUGUAUAUAUUCACAGUGCACAUGAGGAAAGAUGCAUUUUCUAAAAUCGAUUGAAUGAAUCAGUGUACAUAUUCCUAUGUACAGUACCUUAAGUUGAACUAUGGUUUUACUACCCUGAUGUUCUUUUAAGAAAUUUGAACAGGACAUGGAAAUAUGUACAUUGAAGAAAUGCAAACUCUAAAAUCCUGAUACACAUUAGUAUAUAAUACAGCAAGUUUUCUUGGGUGGAUAGUUAAUGAAUGCCAGGAAAAAUCUAUUAUAAUUAGUCAAAGGUUUACAUAAUCCCUAAAUAUAGAAGCCGGAUGCCAGCAUGUGCAUGGAAGUUCCUAAUGCUUUUUCGCAUGUUUAUAUAGGCAGUUUUGAACACCAAAUUGUGUGCGUUUGAGGCAAGAUCAUCAUUCCUGUGAAUACUGCAGUUUUGAUAUUUUGCAUAAACAGGACAAAACGACAGCCAGUGUACCCCAUUAUCUUGGUUAGACAAUGACUACUCA